AUGGCUCCUACUAAGCUCACCGGCAAGCCUGCACAGAUCGCUGCCUUCAUUGAUAAAUUUGACGUCUUUCUUUUCGACUGCGACGGUGUCCUAUGGCAUGGAAAUACCCUCCUCCCUAAAAUUGUGGAGACACUAGAUAUGCUCAGGAGUAAAGGCAAACAAAUUGUUUUUGUGACAAAUAACUCCACGAAGUCACGCCGCGCGUACAAAAAAAAGCUCGACAGCCUCGGUAUCCCUGCCAAAGUCGAUGAGAUCUUCGGCUCUGCAUACUCGUCGGCAGUUUAUAUUAAGCGUGUCGUCAAGCUUCCUGCUAAUAAGAAAGUCUAUGUGAUCGGCGAGAGUGGGAUUGAAGAGGAGCUGGAGAGUGAGGGUGUGAGGUACUUCGGCGGAACCGAUCCGGAAGAGAGAACGGCCAUGCAGGAAGAGGAUUACACUAAUUUUGUCCCAGACCCGGAGGUUGGUGUAGUUUUAUGUGGCCUUGAUAAUCACAUAAAUUAUCGAAAGUAUGCAAAGGCAUUCCAGUACCUCCAGGACCCCAAUACCCUCUUCCUCGCGACAAAUGUCGACAGCACCUUCCCCAACAAAGGUAAGCUAUUUCCCGGCGCUGGGAGUAUCUCUGCACCACUAAGCUAUAUGUCCAAACGUGUCCCUAUUUCACUGGGGAAACCAUCACAGGCAAUGAUGGAUGCUGUUGAAGGAAAAUUCCAGUUUGAUCGCAAGAGGACAUGUAUGGUGGGCGAUAGAAUUGACACAGAUAUAAAGUUCGGUAUUGCUGGUGGCCUGGGAGGUACGCUGGCGGUCUUGACUGGGGUUGCAACUGAGGAAGAUAUUCUCAAUGCAGGGCCGGAGGGUGCACCAGACGCUUAUUUGGACAAACUAUCUGAUUUGCUAGGGUAA